CGCCUUCUUCAGGGAGAUGUUUUGUUGUGCGGUGUCCGAUUCUGUUGGAACGGAAGGCGAAACCGCCGGUUGUCUCUUUAAAUCGGCUCUGCGGUGUGAUGGGGCCGGCGGGCUGGCUGGGAAGAACCAUUCCCACCCUGCCGCAGGGAGCUGGCCGCCGCCAUCAGCGCCUCCCCCAUCCCCAUGGUUACGGCUCCUGCUUCCCGACCGUCCCUGGUCCCUGGCUGUCGCCCGCCCGAGGGAGCAGGUGCCGGCCGCCGGCCGCCAGCACUCCUCACCGGAGUCCGGGAGGCCGCCUGCUGAGAACGGCGGUGACUGCCUGCCCCUCCGGCUCUGACACCCUCCCCGGCGCAGAGCCCUGGCCGUCGCCGGGCUGCAGCUUUGCAAUCUGUUGAUAACUCCACUCACGGGCUCCAGCGCUGCCCCUGGGGUGGAAAACUGCUCCCAGACCCGGGAACUCACCGCCUCUCGCCAACAGGAAGCGCAAGACCGCUGCCACUCCUGCUGUUUUUGCCAAAAUAGAUGGGGGCGGCCUCUUCACCCUCACCCGCCCCAUCACGGUCGCCCAGGGCUCGACCCCGUGGCCGCUGCCUGGGACCUUGACCUUCUGGACGGCUAUGGAGGCCGGCGGGGAGAACGGUGCGACGUAAUCGGCUGUGCCGUUGGCACCGCCUCCAUCCCCUGCUCGCACUUCAGUAACUUCACUGUGCUCAUGGAUUUGAGGACUGUCCUGUCCCUGCCCCAGUCCCCAGGGGAGUUCCUGCACCCCGUGGUGUAUGCCUGCACGGCCGUCAUGCUGCUGUGUCUGCUGGCCUCCGCCAUCACCUACGUCGUCCACCAGAGCGCCAUCCGGAUCAGCCGGAAAGGCCGGCACGCGCUCCUGAACUUCUGCUUCCACGCGGCCCUGACCUUCUCCGUGUUCGCUGGCGGCAUCAACCGCACCAAGUACCCGAUCCUGUGCCAGGCGGUGGGCAUCGUGCUGCACUACUCCACGCUCUCCACCAUGCUGUGGAUCGGAGUGACUGCCAGGAACAUCUACAAGCAGGUGACCAAGAAGGCCCCGCUGUGCCCGGGGGCAGACCAGCCACCGUACCCCAAGCAGCCCUUGCUCAGGUUCUACCUCAUCAGCGGAGGGGCCCCUUUCAUCAUCUGCGGCAUCACGGCCGCCACGAACAUCGGGAACUACGGGAUGGAGGACGAGGACUCCGCGUACUGCUGGAUGGCCUGGGAGCCCAGCCUGGGCGCCUUCUACGGGCCGGCGACCUUCAUCUCCCUGGUCACCUGCGUGUACUUCCUCGGCACCUACGUCCAGCUGCGGCGCCACCCAGAGCGCAGGUACGAGCUCCGGGAGCGGACGGAAGAACAGCAGCGGCUGGCGGGGCCCGAGGCCGGCGAGAGCCCCGGGGCCCCGGCGGCCACGCCGCCCGCCCACGAUGCCCCGGUCACCUCACUGCUGCAGAACGAGCACUCGUUCAAGGCCCAGCUGCGGGCCGCCGCCUUCACGCUGUUCCUGUUCGUGGCCACGUGGACCUUCGGGGCGCUGGCCGUGUCCCAGGGCCACUUCCUGGACAUGAUCUUCAGCUGCCUGUACGGCGCCUUCUGCGUGACCCUGGGGCUGUUCGUGCUCAUCCACCACUGCGCCAAGCGGGAAGAUGUGUGGCACUGCUGGUGGUCCUGCUGCCCCUCCCGUGGGGACCCCCACGCCGCGAAGCUUGGCGCCCGCCCCACGCUCGAUGCCAACGGGGAUGUGCUGAGCCACGCGGCCUGCCUGCAGGACUCACCGUGUCCCGGCAAGACGCUGGGCUUCGGCCACCCGCCAGCCAGCCACUGCAAGAUGACCAACCUGCAGGCCACCCAAAGCCAUGUCAGCUGCCUGUCACCAGCCACACCCUGCUGUGCCCAGAUGCCCUGCGAGCAGUUGAUGGAGGACGCAGCCCACGUCCACGUGCACGAGGAGGACGCCUUCGGGCAUGACCCGCACCUGCACAGGUGCAUCCAGGGCAGAGCUGAGCCUCACUACUUCAGCCGGCACCGGGUGGCCGCGGCCGAGCAGGAGUACGCCUACCACAUCCCGUCCAGCCUGGACGGCAGCCCCCGUAGCUCGCGCACGGACAGCCCCCCCAGCUCGCUCGAGGGCCCAAUGGGGCCACACUCGCUGGCCUGCUGUGCCCAGGGUGACCCCUUCCCCUUGGUCAGCCAGCCCGAGGGCGGCGACGCCAGCCCCGUGCUCUAUGGCUGUCCCCCACGGCCCGGCAGGGAGGCAGCCCACGGCCCGGCCCGCUUGGAGGUGCUCCGGAGGACACAGUCGCUGCCCUUUGGCGGCCCCGGCCAGGACGGGCUGGUCAAGGGUGAUGCACGGGGCACUGCGCCCUUUGGCUCUGACAGCACGGGCAGCAUCCGCACGGGGCCCUGGAGGAACGAGACGACCGUGUAGCAGGCGGGGCUCUGUCCCCUUCGCCCACACGGCCUGGACGUGCUUCAGAGCAGAGCCAGGCCCUCGGCCACGUGAGGUGGGCAGGGGGUCACCACGUGACCCAGCCUUGGCAGCACCGCCACUGACCCCUUCGUUGGACGACCUGAGCGGGAAGACGCUUUGGGCUACGUCGGCCUCCAAGAGCCCCGAGGGCAGCCGAGCGGUCCACGUCCACAGUCACCUGCUUUCGUCCCGUAGUGCCCAGUCCCCGGCAGCCCAGGGCAGAAACCCACCCUCAGCGCCCGGCGUGUAUCCCGUCUGUCCCGCCACCUGCCUUGCUGGGCCUGGCCGCGGCAGGUGGCUCCCCCGGUGUUUCCUAGUGUUUAAUGUGUGUUUUCUGUUUAGGUUUGUUCCUCGGGGCAGGCAGGCAGCCUGCCUGUCGGUCCAGAGCGCUCUGGGCAGCUGCCCCAGGCCCCUCCACUCUCAGGGGCACUCGAGUCAGCACCUCUGCCCAGUGCCGGCUCCGCCUUCACCCCCGCCCCACAGGCCUCAGAGCACCACAGACGCUGGGGCAGCAGCCGUACUCUGGGAGCACAAGGGCAGAGGGAGUGUCGGCGACCCUAGGCCUUCCAAGGGCCGGUGGGGUCUCUGAGGGGCCUGGGCUUUUGGAAAUGCCCACACACCCUUUAAUGUAAACUCGACUUCCGAAGCCAGGCGCCAUCAGGGCUGGGUCCCGCCCGCACCAUGAGCGUUUGGGAACAAUAAAGUCCCCUGCCACAAAAAGAGAGGGUCUGGCAUUUCCGUGAACAUCCGGGCACAAAGCCGUGACUCAGAGGACAGACAUCGGUGACAGCGAUCCUUCUGUGACAGCAAGUGGCAUGUCUCAAGGGAAGGGGUCCACGGGUCCCCGUGGAGACAGAAGCUGAGACACCCAAAGGGAUGUGUGUGUGAGCCUGUCCAGUCUUUGCUCCCUCCCUCCAUGCCCCGGGGUCUGUAACACAUGUGCAGACAUGUGCACCCCACACACGUGUUGGUGCAUGUACCACAUACAGGUGUGAAUGCGCCACAUGCACAUGUGCAUCACAUGCACACUCCCCACACGUGCACAGUACACCAUACAUGCACAAGAGUGCACACACAUGCACUGCACACAGCAUACAUCACACAUGCCGCCCGUGCACACACGUCUACUGCGCACAGACGUGCACACGGCACGGCACGCACACACAGGAUAGAGUGUUUUCCAGCCGUCCGAGCGCCACGCUCUCCUUGCCCUGUGCAGCCUCAUCACCGGGACUUGUCAGCGUCUGUGUCUUGGGCGGGGACUCCAGCAGGAGCAGAUCCUUCCUCACACCCACCUGGGUUGGGGCCGUGUCCGGUGUCCCAGGCGAGAUGCCCCAUGUCUGAGCACAGGAGCCCCGCUUCCUGGAAUUCCUGUAAACUUAAUAGUGACGUUGUAACAGACCAAGGUGUCCGGUACCUGCCCCGAGCCCCAUGUGUCCUCACGUGUCGACCAGACAGGCAACCGAUGACCGCUGGGUGGCUCCUGUCUCCACCGCCGACCAGCCUG